AUGCUUCGUUCCGUCGCUCACAACAAAGUCUGCUCUCGUUCCUUUUCCUCCUCGACACCCCUCCUCGCAUCUUCAUCCACCGCGCACUGGCAGUUCCGUGGAAACCUCAAGAAGAAGGACCUCAAACGUUCGGAAUAUACUCCCCAACCAGUCCCUACCACAGUCAAGGCCGUCCUUACCCAGACGAAGAAUCGGCGAGAUGUCCCAUCCACCGAUACUAAUCCUGCGGACACCAAAUGGCUCUUGAGUCCAUAUACCCUUGCGGGACGUUUGAGGGGAUUAUGCGAUAAGGGCGCCAUGGACGAGGCCGUCGACAUGCUCAAGAACGCACCUCUCGAUGCGCAGAACAUCAAAGUCUGGAAUGCCAUGAUCACUUCGGCCUUCAAGGCUCGCCGGUACAAGCUUGCUUGGGAACUGUUCGUAGACUGUAAACGACGCGGCUUUGUGCCCAACCUGAGGACAUACUCCUCCAUGAUGUCAGGCUACUGUCGCAUCGAAGACUGGUCCCAAUACUCAAAACAGCUAGAUCAUGUACACCUCCUCUACGAGCAAUACUCUCCCUACCUGACCGGCAAGGGCAUCCACGCCGAUGACGAUGCCACCGAAGUCCUAUUCCCCGUAGCCCUCUACAUCACCGUCCUCGGCCGCGCAGGGCUCUUCCAAAAAGCUUUCGACGUCUUCCACGAACUCCCUACCGAAGGUCCCCACGCUGCCGGCGCACUCAUCUACGGCUCUCUCCUUGACGCUUUAUCUAGACGACGAUCACACCUAGACACGAACGACUCGGACUCAGAAUCACGAAAAGCCAUGGCUCUGGAGGCGAAGUACGUCUGGCGACGGAUGCUCCGUUCGAUGGAGAAAGACCCGUCCUUCGUCAUGAACGAACGCAUCCUUUCCUCCCUCAUCAAAAUAUUCUCUCACGCCGGUCCCGCGCCUUCAGGCGACCCCGACUUCGCCUUCGACAUCAUCCGCGACCAUUUCGGACUCAUAGGUCCGGACGACGCGCUCCCGAAGACUCGAAAACAGAAAUCCGCACACACCCAGACGGUCCCGCUCGAGCACCACUCCCUCCUCACCAUCCUCCAAUACGCCAACACGGUCCGCAGACCAGAACAUUGCAUCCAUUACGCCGAACAGAUCAUGGCGAACGCGAAACGGGGCGGUAUUCAGCUCUUUGUCUACCCCCACGCUAUGGAAACCUUAUACGCGCAUAACGCAUUAGCCCUCGCGGGGGAUAAAACACAGGCUACGAAAGCAGCAAAGAUGCUCAGUUGGGUUUUCCAGCGCGAAGGCUCGAGGCCGAGUUGUCAGCCUCCGAGGAAAGUGUACACUCUCGCGUGGAGGAUCUGUGCGACCUGUGGCGACUUUGCCGCCGCGAAGAGGGUGUUUUAUAUGGCGACGGGCUACGCGGUGGACGAAGGGGCGAAGUAUAAGCAGAGCUGGAUGGUCAAUAAGGGAGGCGAGCUGAGCGUGAGCGAGUGGUUGUCGGUGUUUAGGGCUGCGAUGGCUUCGGGGGAAGCGGCGGCGGAGGACACGGGGCUGUGUGUGGAGAUGUUGGAGGCGUUUGGGGAGGAUGUGGUCAAGAGUUGGAAGGAGGUUGGGGCUACGAGAGGGGAGUUAGAUUUGCAGGGGAUUAGGACGACGUUUAAGGCGGGGUUGAGUGAGCAUCAGAGGUUGGCUGCGAUGGUGGUCAAGGCGGAUAGCUCGAAGGCGGGGAAGGAGGCGGCGCAGGUGGUCAGGACGGCGGCGCAAGGGUUUUUGGCGAAGGUUGGUGGGUUGUUGGCGUCGGCGAGGAAAGGUGUUUCUACAGAUUCAGAAGGGCUUGCGAGGGGAGCAGAGGUUGAGAGGACGGUGAUUGAGGUGAAGGAGUCUACUGACAAGCCACGGACAGGGCCAAGGCGACGUUUGCCAAUGCCCAACUAGUGUUACAUCCUCGUCUGCUCUCAUUUGUUGCCCUUCCCAUCUACUUAUUGGCUCUCUGCAUAUAUACUAAGAACAACUAGGGAUAAUAAAAC